AACUGCCAAUGUUUGACUUGACGGUCGACAGUACUCUCAGUGAAAACCAUCUGGAUCACAGCAAGCUGUUUGUAAAGGUAGUGAGGAAAUAUCCCUGAAAGCUUUUAUUUACAUCAUAUAAAGAAGACAUUCUCAGCGAGUUGGGGGAAGCACAACCAAACACUCCGCCGAUCCCCAAAGCAAUAUGCCCAUUAGGCGUUUUGGGGGUCACAGGUCUCUGGUCUCAAACUCGCAGCGUCCGAAGCUCUCCUAUGGUUACACCAAGAUGAAUAUUUCAAGAGGAGGAUACCGUGUCUUUUCUGCCAACUCCACCACCGCCUGCACCGAGCUGGCCAAGAAGAUCACUGAGAGGUUGGGUGUGGAGUUGGGAAAGUCUGUGGUUUACCAAGAGUCAAACAGUGAGACGAGGGUGGAUGUGAAAGAGUCGGUCCGUGGACAGGAUAUCUUUAUCAUUCAGACCAUUCCCAGAGAUGUCAACACAGCCAUCAUGGAGCUGCUGGUCAUGGCUUAUGCCCUGAAGACAUCAUGUGCCAAGAACAUCAUCGGAGUCAUCCCCUAUUUCCCCUACAGCAAGCAGUGCAAGAUGAGAAAGAGAGGAUCCAUUGUCUGCAAGCUGCUGGCCGCCAUGUUGGCUAAAGCAGGGCUGACGCACAUCAUCACCAUGGACCUGCAUCAGAAGGAAAUCCAGGGCUUCUUCAGCUUCCCUGUGGACAACCUGAGAGCGUCACCAUUCCUCAUCCAGUACAUUCAAGAAGAGAUCCCAGAUUACAGAAAUGCCAUAAUUGUUGCAAAGUCCCCUUCAGCUGCUAAAAGAGCACAGUCGUACGCCGAGAGGCUGCGACUGGGACUGGCGGUGAUGCACGGGGAGGCCAACCAUUCGGAGUCGGACAUGGCGGACGGUCGGCAGUCCCCGCCUCUGUCCCGCGUCACCACAGGACACACCGGGCUGGAGCUGCCAUACCAGAAACAUGUCCCAUUCCCUGGGAUAGAGCUGCCAAUGAUGAUGGCGAAGGAGAAGCCGCCCAUCACAGUUGUUGGAGAUGUCGGCGGCAGAAUCGCUAUCAUCAUAGAUGAUAUCAUAGACGAUGUGGAGGACUUCGUGGCAGCAGCAGAAAUCUUGAAGGAGAGGGGAGCCUACAAAAUCUACAUCAUGGCGACACACGGCCUGCUGUCUGCAGACGGACCGAGACUAAUAGAGGAGUCUGCUAUCGAUGAGGUUGUGGUGACCAACACUGUUCCUCACGAGGUGCAGAAGCUGCAGUGUCCAAAGAUCAAAACUGUGGACGUCAGUAUGAUCUUGGCCGAGGCGAUCCGGCGCAUCCACAACGGGGAGUCCAUGGCCUAUCUCUUCCGCAACAUCGCUGUGGAUGACUGAGGCGACAAACACACACACUUUUAUAGUCCCAGAAAGAAAAAGAAAAAAACAUUUCCAAGCACACAUGCCGAGGACCAAGAAUAAAGUUUAUUCCAGUUUGUGCUUUUGAGCCUCAGUUAUCCUUUCUUUCCCUCAUGGACCUGUUGAUAUGACCUUGCUGUGUUCACUGUAGGUUUUGUAUGGAGCAACUGGGAUGUCGCUUUAAUUCUCGUUCUCGACGGUGCGCACAAUGCAAAUGGUUUCACUUCACUAAUGCAUCCCUACUCCGCUUCCUCACCAGAUGAAACCCUCACAAUGUAUCGUUUCCAGUCACAGUAAAUAAAGCUGUUCUUCUCGGGUGAACACU